AUGACUAACAGGAUUAUUGGCAGAGCUCUGGGGAGAGAGGAUCAUCAUGAUUCAGAUUAUGCUCCCCAGCGGCGAAGGCCUACAACAUCAACACGUAGGCAACGGGAACCUGCCCCUAUUGCCGAGGAUGAGCCGGUGGUAGCUGCAGACGUACAUGCACCUGAUGCUGAUGGUGGUCAUGAUGCUGAGGGAUUUCCAGGUGGGCGGUGUGAUCCAUCAGUGCUUACUGAGUAUGCUGACCAUGUUGCAAUCAACGAACAUCCUGAAUUGAAGUUAUCCUCCCAUGGGAGGAAGGUGCAGAAAUUUGGUAGGCUUGCUCCUGAAAUUAAGGGCUUAGUUGUUGCCACAGGACUAAGUCCUUUGAUUGCAUGUUCAGUAGACAGUGGCGAUCGGGGACUUAUAUCUGCGUUCAUGAAGAGGUGGCACAGGGAAACUAGCAGUUUCCAUCUUCUUGUGGGGGAGGUUAGCAUCACCCUGGAUGAUGUGGCGUCUCUCCUUCAUCUUCCUAUUGUUGGCGCCUUCCAUACCUUCGAGCCUCUGCAUGUCGACGAGGCCAUGUUGAUGUUGGUGGAGUUACUAGAGGUCUCCGGAGAGGAAGCCAGGGCAGAGACAACACAGUAUCAUGGACCAUACUGUUGGAUAUAUGAGCACUUUCCGUCAGUUGCGGGGUAUAUGGCUGAUCCGGACUAUGAUGAGGUGUCACCACGUGCAUGUCGGUGGAAUGCUACGAAGGCGACUUUGAAGUCCAUAUCUAUAGCGACGUAUAGGCAACGUCUAGAUCGACUCAGGAUUCCUGAUGUUUGCUGGAUGCCUUAUGGGGAGCAUCGACCUGUUCGAGAGUUUGAUUUGAUUUCAUGUUUUUUCGGUCAGCUACGAUGGGGGCCCGUUGCUGUCAGACACUGA